AUGACUGUUAAAGUUUCUUCAAAAGCAGUUGCACAAGAAAUCUUGGACAAAUACGACAACUUUCUUUUUGAUUGUGAUGGUGUCCUAUGGCGUGAAUCAAGUUUGCUUCCAAAGGUAGCAGAGACGUUGAAAAUGCUACGUAAGCAUAACAAGAAUUUGAUUUUUGUUACGAAUAAUGCCACAAAGUCUAGACUCCAAUAUUCGAAGAAGUUUGAAAAGUUCGGUUUAACGGUCUCUGAGAGUGAAGUAUUCGGAAGUUCAUAUGCUUCUGCUGUCUAUUUGAGAGAUAUACUUAAACUUCCAAAGGAUAAAAAAGUUUGGGUUGAAGGUGCUGAUGGACUUGAGAUUGAAUUACAGGAUGCCGGCUACCAAACACUAGGUGGUACACACCUACCAGCAUUAGAUCGGCCUUUGAAUAUGGAGGAUAAAACUGAUCCAAUUAACAAUAUUGAUCCAGAGGUAGGUGCCGUUGUUGUUGGAUUGGAUCCGAAGAUAAUUAUCACAGAAUCGCUGUCACAAUGCAGUAAGGGAGCAUUAUUACCAGGAGCUGGAAUGGUAGUUAAAGCCGUGGAAACCUGCGUGAACAGAGAGGGAAUUAUCUGUGGUAAGCCAAGCAAAGGAAUGAUGGACGCAAUCAUAAAGUCGCAGAACAUUGACAAGUCCCGUUCUAUCAUGAUUGGAGAUCGCUUUGACACUGAUAUUUUGUUUGGAUUAAACAAUGGAUUAUCAACGUUACUAGUUCUUAGUGGUAUAGAGACUCCAGAGACGUUAGAAGCUUUAGAUCCAAAGCAAAAGCCAACAUACUAUGCCAACAAAUUGGGUGAUCUUUAUGAGUACAAUCAUUAG